UAGAGAUUAUAUGAGAAAAACAAAAACAUUACAAGGUUUUGUCUGGAAAUAUAGAAGAAAAUAAAGAUAGCAAAAUGAACCUUGCUAGCAAUUUUAAAGACAUUUUUAGCCUAUGGCUCCAUUUCAAAGUACUUUAUAAGUGACCUACUGAAAUGGGUCGCAAAGAAACAAGUUGUCUACAAAAUAUAUCCUGUGACUCAAUGGAACAGCAAGAAAUGAAAGUGCGACCCGUACUCCUUAACAGGAAAAGUCUAGACUCCUCAGAUAUUGUAAAGAAUUCUCAUCACAGAAAAAACAAAUCCCAGCAAGUCCGAUUUAAGGAAGACAGCACAAUUGCAGAUCAGGCAGGCUUUACAGAUCUGGAAGCUAAACCUACUGAAAAAACAAUCUUAAUAAAUGGAAAAGCAGAAAAACGCCCUGGCAGAUCAAUGUGUUUACUUUCCCAUCCAAAAUCACAAAGAGGUCUUCAAAAUAUUGCAAUUCAGACUUCACCUAGUCUCAGGAAACAAUUCCCUAUUUUUAAAACAAAAAAGUUAACAAAUAAGUCAUUAAAUGAAUUCCCUACUGAUUCUAGCUGUUUUCAGAUCAAUGGAGACAUCUCAGAAGAAGACAUGGCUCUUCAAUUAUCCAAUCUUAGAAUUGCAGAACAUCUUGAAGAGGGAUUUAAACGAGAUAUAAGACAUUGUCCAUUAAGACACACAAUACCCAAAGCACAAAGCAAUGGACCUAUACAUGAAAGCUCAGGUUUGGAGUUUGUUGACAUGCUUGGAAAAGUAACAGUCUCAACCCAGGUACCUGAUGUCAUUGAAAGCACUUUCGAUGAAACAGAGGAGUCUAACUUUAUUUCAAUAACAGAUCAAACACUAGAUGUUUCUUUACAAUUUUCCAAAAGUAGUGAUUUAAACUGUUCACAGCCUUCAGAGUCUCAGUCAAGCAAACAGAAGGACUCAAAACCACAAGAGGGCAUUUGUCAAUCAAAACUUACAAAUAACGAGGAGUUGUUAACACUAAAACCCAGUACCGACUGUAAGAGGAUUAUAACUCUAAAACCUUCCUUAAACAGCAAUUUGUCAUACUGCUUUCAUUCAGAGCACCAUCAAUCAGAUAAAAAACAAAGCAAUCCAAAUUUGGAAUUCCUACAUAACGUUGAUCAGUCAGUGGCAUCAUCUGCAAAUGAUGAGGGUUUGCAAAGUGAAACAACUUUAGAAAAAGGACCAGAAAAUAAAAUGGGAGAUUCCUUGCAAUGCAGUGGAGGUCCGCAAGAAUCAUCAUGCCAACCUCAAAUUGAAGAACAAUAUGAAACCAAAAAAGAGAGUAAAGAAAGUCAUAGAGCACAUAAAGUGCAUGGUGGUUUGUGUUCCCUACAAGGUAAACUACACUCCAUAGAGGAAUCACUGCAGUCUAACCAAGAGAAGAUUAAGAUCCUUUUGAAUGUAAUUCAAGACCUUGAAAAAGCAAGAGCACUUAGUGAAGGGCGGAACUUCUAUAGAACAGGCCAAGAUAUCAACAACUGUAGUACUUGCCAGAGUACAGCAUGUAUUAUUUACAGUGUAGAAUAUGACUUCAGGCAACAGGAAGGACGAUUUCAUCAAGUUCUUAAAAUGCUUGAUAAAGAGGAACAAUGUCCAAUUCUGCCUCCUGUGCAUAAACCUGAACCAGAAAAUGUAAUUCCUGAAAAAACAGAAGUACGCAAAAAGUGCAAAAAAGUCAAGAAGAAAUGCUUUUGGUGGAUCUGAAUGUGUACGGGGUCCUGCCAGGUUUCUAAUGGCAAUUACCCUUUGUGACUUUAUACUCCAUUAAUAAAGCUGCUGGAUUAGAUGCCUCGAGAGCAUAAUAACUUAUAAUCGUUUUUAUUUUUCCGUUAAACUUACCUAUAUACAGUUUUUGCUCUUUGGAAAUAAUAUCUCAUUUAACAAGUAAAUAUACUUUUUAUAUAGAGUGUACAUAGUUUUUUUAUAAAGUCAGACUUUAUGAUUAACCCUUUAAGGACACAGCUUUCAGUUUGCUCAAUUGUUUUAUGACGGAAAAAUUCCGUCAUAUGUCCUUAAGAGGUUAAAAUAUAUAAAAUGUUUGUUUUUUUCAUAUGUUUUGUUCUUUUAGAAGCUCUGUUUUUGGCAAUCAUUAAAAUGUAUUUUAAAAUUUUAAAAGUCAAAGUAAAUAUUUUACAGAAGAAUAAAAGAUGAAAUCAUUGUAAUCAGCCCCGUGGAAUUUG